AAUGGCAUUUGCAAAAAGACCACAUGGUCCUAAUCUUUUGAUAACAGGAACUCCUGGAACAGGAAAGUCAACUUUAGCAGCAGAACUUGCUCAGAAGACAAACUUAAAAUAUGUUAACAUCGGGGAGAUCGCCAAGGACGGUCAGUUAUAUGAGGGAUGGGAUGAACAGUACCAGUGUCCAAUUCUGGAUGAAGACAGAGUUAUAGAUGAAUUAGAGGAAGUCAUGUCUGCUGGUGGAAACAUUGUAGAUUAUCAUGGAUGUGAAUUUUUCCCAGAGAGAUGGUUUGACAUCGUCUUUGUACUUAGAACAGAUAACACAGUAUUGUAUGAAAGACUUGAGAACAGGGGCUAUUCGGGGAAAAAACUGGAAGACAACAUCCAAUGUGAAAUAUUUCAAACAAUCCUGGAUGAAGCUAGAGACUCAUAUAAAGUUGAAAUAGUGCAUGAACUACCCAGUAACACUCCUGAUGAUCUGGAGGAUAAUUUAGAGAAAAUCUCGGCAUGGAUUCAACAGUACAACAUAAACCAGGGAGCCAUUGUAUAGCCUUACUUCAAUGAUACAUGUACAGUGUACUAUGCAUAGUUUUGUCAGAAAAUAGUGGUUGUAAUUUUGAACUUCCUUCCCAAUUAUACCAAUUUAACUCAUGAAUUGUUCUAAACUAUGCAAGAAUCAAAACAUGAUCCAAAUUAAGAGAAAUAUUAACGCAAUCUGAAAAUGAAAAAAAAAAUUUGAAGUUUCCUCGUUAUCCUUAAUGAAAAAACCUGGAUUUGUCAAUUUAUAAAUAUGAUGUACAUGUAUAUAGAUGCUAUUCCCUUUACAUAAAUACUACAUGUAUGUAUUAUUCUUACAGUACUUUGUAGCAUUUAAUCAGUCUUAUAAUGACAGUAAAAGUUGUUGUAACAAUAUAUAUGCAUACAAAUUACUCGAUGUUUGGCAACAUUUCUUCCAUUUGAAUAAUGUUCAUACAUGAACCGGUACUUUAACUUAUCUAUUGAAUUAUUUUAGCUCUACUGGUCAGAAGAGCUUGUGAGAUAGUAAGGUGUUCAUCGUCCAUCUGUCUAUGAACAAUUUUUCAAAUGCUACUCCUCCAACAUUUUUUGUUUGAUUUUGAUUUAGUUUGGCAUACAAGUAGACUACGCUAAUAUAUAAGGUACUGAAUUCUGUGUAUCAGUUUUGGAUUUAGAUGAACUGUAUUUCCAUGGUUAUGAAAAAUAGAAAUUUCUGUGAAAUUCAUUCAAAAUGCUACUCCUCCUACAGUUUUGGUCUGAUUUCAGUAUAACUUAGCACAAGUAGACUACACUAAAAUACAUAAAUCUUUUUAUUGGUUUUUACAUGUAGUCGUAUAUCAUAUCUUACAUUAUUUAAAAUGUCUAUUCUUUGCAAUAUUCUUUACUAUUUGAUUUUGAGACUAAACUAAGGAUCAUUAUUUUAUGUAUUGCUUUUGCAUAGUUUCAAGUCCAAGUGCUACUUUUCUUUUCCUUUGCUUAAGUACAAACCAGUAGAGCUACAAUCUUAUUAGAGACUUCUGGUUCCUUUUAUGGAACUUACAGUGCAGACAGAGCAUUUACAAGACCUACAUAAAUUACUGUUUGGUGCAAUUGCACAUAUAAAGUUGCAUUCACCACUUCAUUUUUAUUCAAGUGUAAAUUGCAUUUUUCUCCAAGUAUGACUGCUAAUGAAACUUUUUAUUGUUUCAAUAUGGUCAUGAUGGUGUAUUUUCUUGAUUGACUUUUAUUGCAAUGACUGUUUAUACUGACAGGGCAUUUAAUAGAUACAGUUCUGCAACAUGAGGAAUGGACUAGUCAGUUUAAAACAAAUAAUUUUGAUUUCUAGUAAUUAUUAUGUCACAAUACAUCGUAUACAGUCUAUUUUAAUGCAAAUAAAUUGAUAUGUGUCUAUGGACAAUUUAAGGUAAAUUAUUAUCAAAAUAUUAUUUUUAUAUAAUAAUAUUUCAGUUAUUUUGAUUUGCAGCAAAAACUGUUGUUGUCCUCUUUUGUUUGUUUGUUUGAAUAAUGAGAAUAAUGUAAAUAAAAUUAAAUAUCAGCUA